UAGGCUGCUAGGCUAGCAGCUCGUCGCCAGGUCAGAUAUAAUGUAGGGUUUAUGUGUCACAACAAGGGGUUAAACAGUAGUCUGAAGGGUGAUGUGCUGUCGAAGCUCCCAGUCGUUCAGCGUGUUUGCUGUAAAAUGUUGCUGUUGUGAAACGAAACUGCUGGAGCUGAGAUAAUUACUGAGAGGUUCUUCCCAGCAUCUUCUUUCCCGGGACCAGCCAUGGCGACUGAGCUCCACGAAGCCAUCUGCAUGGCCAAGCAAGAGCGCCACAAGAACCUGUUCCUCAACUACCGCAACCUCAACAAGUUCCCCGUGGAGCUGCUGAAAGAUGAGGGGCUGCAGUUCCUGGAGAGACUGUACAUGAAGAGGAACUCUCUCACUACACUGCCUGAAAACCUCGCCCAGAAGCUUCCAAAUCUGAUUGAGCUGUACCUCCACUCUAACAACAUCGUGAUGGUUCCGGAAGAUAUAGGAGAGCUGUCCAGGCUGAGGUCUCUGGAUCUGAGUGACAACGCCCUCCUGUUCCUCUGUCCAGAGAUUGGUCGACUCCGCUCCCUCCGGCAUCUCCGAUUGGCCAAUAACCAGCUAGAAGCCCUCCCCUCAGAGGUGGGGGAACUCCAGGAGCUGGAGUCGUUGGACGUGUCCCGGAACCGUCUGAUCUGUCUGCCCGCGCGGCUCCAUCGCUGUCGCUCCCUCCAGUACCUGACGGCAGACAGGAACCAGCUGAGACACCUGCCCCGACACCUGUGUCUCCUCUCCAGCCUCAACGAGCUGUCGCUGUCCGCCAACCGCCUGACCAGCCUGCCGCCAGACCUGGGGCGCUCCCGGGAGCUGCGCUUCGUGUUUGUGGACUACAACGUCGAGCUGAAGGGUCUCCCGUCCUACCUGUACAACAAAGUCAUCGGCUGCAAUGGGUGCGGUACCUCCGACGUGCUCCCUGAGGGGGUGGCCGUGCUGGGGGGCGCGGCCGGGCUGGGGGUCCCGCUGCCCCCAGAGGUCAAGCUGCUGGCCUGGGAGUCUGAGCGAGUGGCUCCCUUAGAGGAGCUGGCCAUGAGGAGCCUGCAUCGCACCCACCUCCAGGACCCCCACGACCUGGUCCUGCCCAGGAGCCUUCAGGAGCGCUUGUUUUGUCCUCUGGGGCACUGCCCCCGCUGCGGUCAGCCCAUGUUCACCUCCGCCUACCCCAAAGCCUUCCCCCUGAGAGACACCACCCUGGGCGGGGUGCACCACAGAUCCGCGGUGAGCUUCGUUGCCUACUGCUGCUCCAGCCGCUGCCUGCAGAUGUUUGACCUCCAGGGAUGACCUCACCUUUGGCCCCGCCCCCUUGGUGUUGAUUUGCGCUGUGACUGGUGGCUGUCUGACCCCCGGCACAAGGAGGCCACAUUGAUUGACAGACUGCCGUGGCGAGGUUGGCGGGGCCCAUUGUGAAAUGGGUGUGGCCUUUGCGUGCCUUCAUCGUCCCCAUAAGCGCCGAUCGCCAGCGGGGCUGUGAAGGAAUGACAGAAUGACGCCCAACCAGUUUCCUCGUUGGACUUCAAAGUUGUGCGUUACCAAGGCAACCGGUGACAACGAUCAUUUCCAUGUCCCUGGAGGGGUUGAUAACAACCAGCCAAUCCAAAUUCCAGACCCCCAGACCCCCUGUCUAUUACUGUGCACCACCAACAUUUUUGAUCACCAGCCGCCACUGUUAAUGCGUUGAAAAAACAUGAUUUUGUUCAUUGUGUUCAAUGUUCACAAAUGUAUUGAUGUGUAGAGCCGACCGCACGACUAAGCGCCUCAAUAUAUUUUAUUUAAACACAGGGAAGUUUCAUAUUGCA